UCUGCUCUCUGCUCUCUGCGACCAUCAACCGAAACGCGAACCAGCUCACGGAAAGAAUUCAAAAGCGAGUCUUCAUGGCGGCAUUCACAGGAGCACUGACGACGACCCUUCCCACCGCGCCAUUAUUGCAUUCAGAUUCAAUAUCAUCAUCUUCAUCGCCUUCGUCUGCGUUUUCUAAGGUAUGCAAAAGAACCGCUUCUCUUUCUUGCUCUUCUUCCACUUCUAGUACUGCUUCUACUUCUAGUUCCUCUACUGGGCAACCGAAUGGCUGCGAUGAUUGCACAAGGAACACGAAAAGCACUCAGAAGUUUAGCUAUAGCAGAGCCUCACCCUCAGUCAGAUGGCCCCAUUUGAAGCUCACUGACUCUUAUCCCUCACCUCACACCCAAUUCACUCCUCCACUCACGACCCAUGUUGUGCAAGAUUCCCCUGAUUCCGACUCUGAGGGGAAAGAGGAAGAAGACCUGAAUUUGGGUUCUGUGGGUUCUUUGGAUACGAAUGAUGAAACCCAACAAGUGUUGGGGAGGCACAGCAAGACUAAGGCCAAGAAAAUGACCAAACUGGCUCUCAAAAGAGCCAAAGAUUGGAGAGAAAGAGUGAAACUUUUUACUGAUAGGAUUUUGGGACUGAAACCCGACGAGUUUGUGGCUGAUGUGUUGGAUGAUAGGAAAGUUCAAAUGACCCCAACUGAUUUUUGCUUUGUGGUGAAAUGGGUUGGCCAGUCGAGCUGGCAGCGUGCAUUGGAGGUCUACGAGUGGCUGAAUUUACGCCACUGGUACUCCCCGAAUGCACGGAUGCUUGCCACUAUCUUAGCAGUCCUUGGAAAGGCUAGCCAGGAAGCCUUAGCUGUGGAAAUAUUCACGAGGGCUGAACCCGGAAUUGGCAAUACAGUCCAAGUGUACAAUGCCAUGAUGGGCGUCUAUGCACGAAAUGGCCGGUUUAAUAAGGUCCAAGAAUUGCUCAAUUUAAUGCGUGAGAGAGGGUGCGAACCGGACCUCGUGAGUCUCAAUACUUUGAUAAAUGCUCGCCUGAGGUCAGGAGCCAUGGUACCAAACUUGGCUAUUGACCUUUUAAAUGAGGUGAGAAGAUCAGGUCUUAGGCCAGAUAUAAUAACUUAUAAUACUCUUAUAAGUGGCUGUUCGCGUGAAUCCAAUUUGGAGGAGGCAGUGAAGGUUUACAAUGAUAUGGAAGCACAUAAUUGUCAGCCUGAUCUUUGGACUUACAAUGCCAUGAUUUCCGUCUAUGGGAGAUGUGGAGAAUCGAGCGAAGCUGAGCGGCUCUUUAAGGAAUUGGAGUCGAAAGGGUUUUUCCCAGAUGCAGUGACGUAUAAUUCCUUGUUGUAUGCUUUUGCAAGAGAACUUGAUAUAGAAAAGGUGAGGGAUAUUGGUGAAGAUAUGAUGAAAAUGGGGUUUGGUAAAGAUGAGAUGACCUACAAUACUAUUAUCCACAUGUAUGGCAAGCAGGGCCAGCAUGAUCUAGCGUUUCAGCUUUACAGGGACAUGAAAAUGCUAGGCCGGACUCCUGAUGCUGUUACAUACACUGUAUUGAUCGAUUCGCUUGGAAAAGCAAAUAAGAUAACGGAGGCUGCUAAUGUGAUGUCAGAGAUGUUGGACAGUGGAGUGAAACCCACUCUUCGGACUUAUAGUGCUUUGAUGUGUGCAUAUGCCAAGGCUGGGAAACAGGUGGAGGCUCAAGAGACAUUUGAUUGCAUGGUUAAGUCUGGGAUUAGACCAGAUCAUCUAGCAUACUCAGUUAUAUUGGAUAUCUUUCUGAAGGUCAAUGAGACAAAGAAGGCUAUCACGUUGUAUCAGGAAAUGCUGCAUGACGGUUUCAAGCUGGAUCAUGCCCUCUAUGGGUUUAUGUUGCGGGUGCUUGGAAGAGAAAAUAAAUUGGAAGUCAUUGAAAGAGUGAUCAGAGAUAUGGAAAAAGUUGGUGGUAUGAACCCACAAGUUAUCUCUUCUAUUCUUGUUAAGGGAGAAUGUUAUGACCAUGCUGCUAAAAUGUUGAGAUUAGCCAUCACCAGUGGCUAUGAGUUGGACAGGGAAAGUCUUUUAUCUAUUGUCAGUUCAUAUAGUUCAUGUGGAAGGCACUCAGAAGCAUGUGAAUUGCUUGAAUUUUUGAGAGAACAUGCUCCCGGUUCCAAUCAACUUAUAACUGAAGCAUUGGUUGUCAUACAAUGUAAGGCUCACAGAUUUGAUGCUGCCUUGGUGGAAUAUAGUAAUACCAGAGGGUUCCAUUCUUUUAGCAGAAGUUCAACCAUGUAUGAAAUCCUGAUUCAAGGCUGCGAAGAGAAUGAACUCUUUGGUGAAGCUUCUCAGGUUUAUUCUGACAUGAGAUUAUAUGGUGUUGAACCAUCUGAGCAUCUUUACCAAAUUAUGGUGCUCAUCUAUUGUAAGAUGGGUUUCCCUGAGACAGCCCACCUUUUGAUUGAUCAGGCAGAAAUGAAAGGCAUUUUUUUUGACAAUGUCAACAUAUAUGUUAAUGUUAUUGAAGUCUACGGGAAAUUGAAGCUGUGGCAGAAAGCUGAAAGUUUGGUGGGAAGUCUUAGACAAAGAUGUAAAGCAGUGGAUAGGAAGGUCUGGAAUGCCUUGAUUCAAGCUUAUGCUGCAAGUGGUUGCUAUGAGCGAGCUAGAGUGAUCUUUAACACAAUGAUGAGAGAUGGUCCUUCCCCAACAAUUGAUUCUGUAAAUGGUCUUUUGCAAGCUCUGAUUGCUGAUGGGAGAUUGGAUGAGCUCUAUGUUCUAAUCCAGGAGUUGCAAGAUAUGGGUUUAAAAAUAAGCAAGAGUUCAAUUCUCUUGAUGCUUGAAGCAUUUGCUCGAGAAGGUAACAUAUUUGAGGUAAAGAAGAUAUACCAUGGAAUGAAGGCUGCAGGUUAUUUUCCUAACAUGGAUUGUUUCAGGAUUAUGAUCAAGUUAUUGUGCAGGGGAAAACGAGUAAGGGAUGUUGAAGCAAUGGUUUAUGAGAUGGAAGAGGCAGGGUUCAAGCCUGAUCUUUCAAUAUGGAAUUCCAUGCUUAAGUUAUAUGCAGGAAUUAAGGAUUUCAAAAAGACAGUUAAAGUAUACCAGCAGAUUCAAGAAGCUGUACUUCAACCUGAUGACGAUACUUACAAUACUUUAAUUAUAAUGUACUGCAGAGAUUGUCGACCAGAAGAAGGUUUAUCAUUGAUGCAGGAAAUGAGAAGGCAGGGCCUAGAACCUAAGUUGGACACUUACAAAAGCUUAAUUUCGGCAUUUGGUAAGCAGAAGCUGUUGGAUCAAGCUGAAGAACUUUUUGAAGAGUUAAGGUCAAAUGGAUGUAAACUGGAUCGGUCCUUCUAUCAUACAAUGAUGAAAAUGUUUAGAAAUUCAGGAAACCAUGCCAAAGCUGAAAUGUUGUUCACCAUGAUGAAAGAGGCCGGAAUAGAACCCAACUUUGCCACAAUGCACUUGCUUAUGGUUUCUUAUGGCAGCUCUGGACAGCCUCAGGAAGCUGAAAAGGUGCUUGACAAUUUGAAAGUAACUGGCUUAGAUCUUGAUACGUUACCAUAUAGUUCAGUUAUUGGUGCUUAUCUGAAGAAUGGAGAUUAUAACAUUGGAAUUCAAAAGCUCAAUGAGAUGAAGGAAGUAGGCCUGGAGCCAGAUCAUAGAAUAUGGACUUGCUUUAUACGGGCUGCAAGUUUAUCCCAGCACAAAAGUGAAGCCAUUAUUCUCCUAAAUGCACUGCGUGAUGCCGGAUUUGAUCUUCCAAUCAGGCUUGUGACAGAAAAACCUGAGUCACUGAUUUUGGAAGUAGAUCAUUGCCUAGAAAAACUAGAACCCUUGGAAGACAAUGCAGCCUUCAACUUUGUCAAUGCUUUGGAGGACCUUUUGUGGGCAUAUGAACUCCGUGCCACUGCUUCAUGGGUUUUCCAAUUAGCAGUAAAGAGAGGCAUCUAUAACAAUGAUGUGUUCAGGGUAGCUGACAAAGACUGGGCUGCUGACUUUAGAAAGUUAUCAGCUGGUUCUGCUCUUGUUGGUCUUACUUUAUGGCUGGAUCAGAUGCAGGAUGCAUCAUUGGAGGGUUAUCCAGAAUCUCCAAAAUCAGUUGUGCUGAUAACGGGGACAUCCGAGUACAACAUGGUUUCACUUAACAGUACAUUGAAGGCAUGCCUUUGGGAGAUGGGUUCACCUUUUCUGCCUUGCAAAACACGAAGUGGCCUUCUUGUAGCGAAGGCACACUCCCUCAGGAUGUGGUUAAAGGACUCCCCGUUUUGUUUGGACCUUGAGUUGAAAGAUGCCCCAGCUCUCCCUGAAUCAAACUCAAUGCAGCUGAUUGAUGGAUGCUUCCUACGGCGCGGUCUUGUUCCUGCAUUUAAGGAAAUAACCGAGAGGCUUGGCCUAGUGAGGCCCAAGAAAUUUGCUAGAUUGGCUUUGCUGUCAGAUGAAAAGAGAGAGAAAGUUAUUCAAUCUGAUAUUGAAGGGAGGAAAGAGAAGUUAGAGAAAAUGAAGGAAAAUGAUAAUCCAAGGAGGGUGAGCAGGAUUAAAAAGCUUAGGAAGAGGAAAUAUGUAAGACCGUCCACAUUGUCAAACACCAAACAGAUUGUAUCAGGACAAAAAGCUUUAAAAUAGAGUUGUGAAAGUAUGGAAAGGCUGCAUAGUUUCCGUACCUUCUUCCACUUCAGCACCUCUUCGUUUAAAUCUUUCUUUUUGAUCUCGUGCCACAUUAACUUUAAAGACCUGAACUUCACUGAUAGCAUGGAGGAGGAUUCUGAUGAUGAAACUCAAGGAAGAUGAUGAGCGACUGAAUAUACGGGGGAUGAAGAUGUCAGCUGGAAAGUCCGAAGAGCAGCAGCUAAAUGCUUAGCGGCAUUAAUUGUUUCCUGUCCUGAGAUGCUUUCAAAGCUGCUUGUCCAAAAUUAAUUGACAGGUUUGAAGAGAGGGAGGAAAAUGUCAAUGUAAACCAGAAUGAAUGUCAGUGGAUCAUCUCACUUCACAGGAUUAAUUAUUUUGCUGCAGAUGGAUUUUUUAAUACAUUCAUUGAACUGUUGCAGCAAACUGAAAAUGUUACAAAAGGACGGAUUGAGAUAAAUGAUCAGAGUCCAAAAUGGUUAUUGAAGCAAGAAGCGCCAAAGAUUGUCAGAUCUAUAAAUAGGCAGCUACAUGAGAAAUCUAUCAAGACAAAGAUUUCCUGGCUGAUCACAAGGGUUCACUCAGUCCAGGAAUUGAAAAGGCGUUAAGUGAUAAGUCUUUUACCUCCAAUUUAAAGAUUGAAGCUCUUAUAUCUGCGCAAUUGGUGCUGGCUUCACAUUCUCCUUCUGUGUUUUCCAUCCUUAUAUCAAGACUCUUUCUAGUCCUGUUGUAUCUGCUGUGGGAGAGCGUUAUUACAAAGUCACAGCUGAAGCAUUAAGGGUGUGUAGGGAAUUUUUCCAUGUUGUUCGCCUGAAUAUCGAGGAGGUAAAUGAAUGUGCUAUAUCUUGCAUGGAUCUAGUUGUGUGAACAUUUGGUGAUAACCUUAAUGUUGAACUGCCUGUAUGCCUUCCUGUGCUUGUUGAUCGGAUGGGAAAUGAGAUCACUCGACUUACAGCUGUGAAGAGUCAUAGAGCUGGACGAUGGGUCGAAGCAGAAAUAGAAGACAGAAGCAGCAGAAGCUUGUUAAUCUGGAUUGGACAGAGCUGCCUCGGGG